AUGAUGAUUCGACUAAUUUUGAAGAGAUUUCAUAGUACAGAUACAUUUUCUUCUCGAAUCAGUUGGAAAUUAAUCAAUCCCAAAAUCUCAAUUCAACAAGACUGUGCAUUUUGUCAACAACACUUUCCACAUGAUAAACAAAUCAAUUUUGAGCAAGAUCUCGACAAGAGUGCAGCAGUUCCAAGUAAACACGUUAUGGUACUUACAACCAAACAUAAUAGAAUUGAGGAUUUUGAGUCCAGAAUUGAGAAUUGGCUGGGGACUUUGGCACACGAGGUUCAUAAGCUACGUUUCAAAGUUCCAUUGAGGUUAAGGACACUGAUUUCGAGUAUUGUGCUACGUAAUAAUGAUGAGAUAUUACGCCAAUAUGGAGUUAAUCAUCACGCGGGUGAUCAAUUAGUAUUUAUUUAUCCUGAGAUGAAGAUUGUAAAAUUCAAUAUUGCCCAUACUGCCCAAUUUGUGAGCAAAUACUUGAAAAGUGAAAAUGAAGAAGAAAUCGAGAUCUUCAAUCCAUUUGCUAGAACGCUAGACUCGUCAACCAAACUUAUAUCGAAAAUUAAAAUCAAUGAUGCAAAUUUCCAAGAAUGGCAUUUAAAUAAGGACUUGAUUGUGAUUUGCGGUCAUGCUAAACGAGAUAUUAGAUGUGGCAUACUAGGUCCCAUUUUAGUGGAUAAAUUCAAUGAUGUAUUGACGGCAAAAUCUAUGGAUGAUGGUGCAUACCUUGGUGAAGUCACACAUGUUGGAGGCCAUGCAUUUGCAGGCAAUGUGUUGUAUUACCCCAAAGAAUGCUCAACUAGCCAUGACUUCAUCUGGUACGGUCGAGUGUUUCCUGAGCAUGUGGAGAUGAUUGUUGGUGAUACAAUAGUCAAUAAGCAGAUCAUCAAAAGUUUGUUCAGAGGUGAUUGUCAUCAAUAUAGUGCCUAG